AUGGCAGGACAUCCUCAUCCUGUCCAUGGCGAUACUGGAGCACGUCACCCAAAUCGCCUACAAGAGCAAGAUCAUAAGCAAAAUGCCAAGGCUCAGAGCGAUACACUGAGAAGAAUGGCAAUGAGAAAUUCCUACGACACUCGAUCCCUCGGGAGCACUCCUGCAUUGCGAUGCUCUACUAGAUCUAGUAGUAAUACUACACCAUGUACUAGCCCAAGUCACACUUUGCUACCUCCAAUCAGCAAAAGAUCUCCAACUCUGCAGCAAACUAAACGCAAAGAGCAGAGAUCAAUGUCUCCAGCAAAUGUUCGGUACUUAGAUGAACGUCCGCGGAGCUCGUCUGAUCAACUCCAGUGCUUGGGCAUAAAGAAAGAAACAUCAGGUACCUUGAAAAGAAGUUCAAGCCAAUCCAGUGUUGCAAUGAACAAGACGACGUCCACAAUCCAGACUGGAUCCAGCAGUUACGUGUAUCAUACUCCCAGUGGAAGAAGAAUCGGAAGUACGAACAGAAAAGCAUACGAAAAUGUUAAGCUGCAGGUUGUUUCAUCACAAUUAGAAAAUCAAACAGAUAUCAAGAGAAGCUCGAGUUGGUCUACAAUUGCUGCCAAUAGCACUGCAAAGUCAUGUGAGGAUAAAGACUCUCUGCAUUGCUCUCCUACUCGGAAUUACAGUGAUACUAUGCCCAAUGGUAGUUCCUACCAUGUCUCGGACUGGAGUGACGAGGCUGCUGUUAUCCACCCUCAGCAGUUCAAGCACAGCUCUGGAGGCAAGGUGUGUAAUGCCUGGACUGCAAAUGCACAUACGCUGGGCACGAGGCACUCACAACCAUUGAUUCAGAAGCAAUUACCCAACAACUAUUCCCCCAAUCACCAGCUUCCUCGGUUGUCCCUGGACUCUAGCUACCAGAGGAGCUACCAGUGUCCACAGUACAUGCCUCACUAUGACAAGAGCCUCCCUAUCACACGGUUUGGGAGCACACCAUUCUCUCUGCCAGCCAAUGGGAUUGUGCCCAACCUGAUGUACAGUCACGGUCACCCAGCCAGUCAGGUGACCACCAGGAGGGUUCGGCUGCACACGCCCAGAGGAAAGAAAGUUGCUUCACUUGUAUGAACAGUAUAUUGCGUAUGAUGUUUGGUUGCAGCUUACAGGAUAUUGAUGUACAGCUGUUGAUCUGUUUAAUUUUGGGUGUGUCAACUAUAAUAGUCAGUUUUCUUUUACACCAUCAAAUCACUAUCGACAGUUUUGAUUAAUAUUUAUGUUUCAUUGAAACUUUCAAUCACUCGUAAUUCAAUUCAA